UCACACGUACGUUACGUUCACAUCCUCGUUAUCCCCUCCACAAGGUGUUGUAUGUUGCUUGCGGCGGAGAUCUGGCAGCUUUGUGCUACGAUAAAAUCUGUUCAACCACAAACAUUUAUUGACACGUGAAUUAAUCAUGAAGAUAUUUAUCUCUCCCUUUAUAAUGUAAAAGUAACGAGAACAGCUGGUAUUUGUGUUUAGACCACCAUAAGAUCACCGUUUUCCAGAAUGAUAUGUGAUAUUAAAUUAGAAAGAGUGACUUCGAAUAACAAACACAUCUUUGUAUUCUUUCCACGUCAUUUUGAGUAUGAAUCACUCAAUGUACGUAUGUAUGAUUACACGACAAUGCCUAUUGUUUGAGCAUUGAAAAUGAUCUCGUGAGAAAUCAAAUUGAAUCACGUGAAAAGCUUAAGCAAUUAAGCCUUAGAGAAUCGAGACUUCGUUUUUCAAACGAUUUUCAAAAAUGUGGAAACCCUUCGAAGCUGGCAGUUCUCCGGUGGACUGGUGUGAGGGAAAUUACAGUAUUUCACCCAGCAUCGCCGAAUUUAUGAAUACAUUCAGUAAUGUGGUCUUCCUGUUACUUCCACCUGUGCUCAUGCACUUAUUUAGAGAUUAUGGUCGCUUUGUGAAUCCUGGGAUUCAUAUAAUUUGGUUCUUAUUAAUGAUAGUGGGACUUAGUAGUGCAUAUUUUCAUGCUACUUUGUCCUUAAUUGGUCAACUUUUGGACGAAUUAGCUAUUUUGUGGGUAUAUAUGGCAGGAUUUUGCAUGUUCUUUCCAAGAAGAUAUUUUCCAAAUAUCUUUCGUAACGAUAGAAAGCUUUUUUCUAUAUGUGCAACAUUACCGACUUUGAUUGCUACUGGUUUGGGUAUACUACAUCCAGCUGUAAAUGCUUUCGCGUUGAUGAGUUUGGGUAUACCGGCGUUCGGAUUUCUGAUCAUAGAACUAAAAAGGACUACAUCGAUAAGAGUAUACAGGCUGGGGCUGCGAUGUGGUGCCAUGUGGAUAUUAUCGGUGACUUGUUGGUUAAACGAUCGUUUAUUUUGUGAUACAUGGCUAAAUCUUAAUUUUCCUUAUCUCCAUGCGCUGUGGCAUCUGUUUAUCUUUAUUGCAAGUUACACUGCGGCGGGGCUAUUUGCAUAUUUUGCCGUACAGGAUGAAAAGCCGCAACAAUUGCCAGUACUUAAAUAUUGGCCCAGAGAUGAUUUCGAACUCGGUAUACCGUACGUGACUAUUCGAAGUUAUAUGAAAUUAAACUACAAUUCGAAUAUAUAGCUCUUUUUGUAAAGGCUUUUAGACUAGGCAACUAAAACUAUAAUGCAUUAUUAUUACAAUGAGUUUUUGAGUUUUAUACGGUAUGAAAUAUACAUAUAUAUGGUUUUGC